AUGGCAUCACCUUCCUUAUUACGAAGUUCCACGCGACCAGACCUCUAUGUCUGCGCCAGAUGCGCAUUUCGAGCAGCGCAACCGCCCGCCAGAAGCCCAAAACGAUGUAUUUCUACGUCGUUCCUCAAGAAGGUUGAGGCGGGCGAGGUGAAAUGGCAGGAACAAGCUAUUGAGGUGCAGACCGGGAAGCGGAAGAGCAUGUUGACCAUCUUGGAAGAGAGAGGUUUAAUACAAGCAAUCACAGGAACUCGCGAUGCUGCAGACAAACGGUUGACGGAGGGAAGGCUCGGUGCCUAUGUCGGAAUCGACCCUACCGCCUCUUCAUUACACGUUGGACAUCUACUACCUUUCAUGUCCCUCUUCUGGAUGUACUUCCACGGAUAUCAAUCGGUCGUACUACUUGGGGGAGCAACUGCGAAGAUCGGGGAUCCGUCUGAUCGAUUGACAACUCGAGAAAAGGAACAUUCGUCCACCAGAACAGCGAAUAUGGUCAACAUGCACUACCAGUUGAAGAAGUUGUGGGGGAACAUCCAUGCAUAUGGGCAAAACUACGGGUUCUAUGAAGGCAAGGACUUUAACCAUCAAAGGGCUUUGCUUAACAAUAAUGCUUGGUGGAAUAAAAUGCCCAUGUUGGAAGUUCUGCAGGUUCUGGGGCCUGGCAUGCGCAUGGGACCCAUGCUGGCAAAGGAUACUUCAUAUGCUAAAUUAGGCAGUGUGAAAAACAAGAUGGAAAAGGGGGAUGGCAUGUCCUUCGCCGAAUUCACAUACCCCAUAAUGCAAGCCUGGGAUUGGUGGCAUCUGUAUAACACAAAAGGAGUACAGGUACAGAUUGGAGGGGCAGAUCAAUAUGGCAACAUCACAGCUGGUAUCGACGCAGUCAAAUACAUUUCCAAAAACCACCCUGAUCCAGUAGUUCGAUCCAACGUUGCGCCAUUAGGAGACCCUUUCGGCUUCACCGUUCCACUCCUCACUACUUCCUCCGGCGCAAAAUUUGGAAAAAGCACCGGAAACGCCAUUUGGUUGGACCGCGAGCUAACAAGCACCUUUGAGUUAUACGGCUACUUCCUCCGCACCUCCGACGCAGACGUCGGAAAAUAUCUCAAGCUCUUCACAUUCAUGCCCAUCGAACAAAUCGACGCCCUCGUCCAAGAACACCAGGCAGAACCCUCCCUCCGCAAAGCCCAACACACCCUCGCUCGCGAACUCGUCGAAAUCGUGCACGGCGCCCACGAAGCAAAGAUAGCAGAAGAACAGCACCGUUUCCUGUUCCGCAAACAGCCAGAAGAACCUGCAAUAAUCGAAGUAGAGGUAGAUGCUGCCAGCCGCGCAGGCUACAUGACACUGAAUAAUCGCCCGAAUGUCAAUAUUCAGCUCCCAGCUUCCGUUAUACACAAUCUCAGUAUACCGCGUAUCUUGUAUGCGUGCGGACUAGCAUCAUCGACAUCAGAUGGUACACGACUUGUGCAACAAAAUGCUGCUUUUAUAGGGGGUAUGAAUCAUAAAAAGGACAAAGUACCCAUGAUGGACGGCUCGGUGAACUGGACGCGUGUCAAACCCUGGGCUGUUGCCGACACGGCGAAAUACAUCCUUCACGGCGAUUUACUCAUGUUUAGAAAAGGAAAGCACAAUAUCAGGGUUAUCCAAAUCGUGCCGGACGAGGAGUACGAUGCAAGUGGCAAGAGUUACCCAGGCAUGAAAAUGAAGCUUGGACCGCUGAGUAUGCUCGAUAAGAGGAGCCAAAAGGCGAGAGAGAAUCUGGACUCUCAUAGGGGUAGAUGGGAGGGGCAUGAUGAACCAUCAAGCGAGGACGAGAUUGUGGCUCUAGAUGAGCUAGCAGACGAUGGAACCGAAUUCCGUGGUCAUGGUAGGCUGUAA